CUGCCUAACCACAAUCCUGUUCGGUGUAGCUUCGCUGCUUUGGCUUUUACGUUAGAGAGAUCAGCUGAGCUCGUGCGUCGCUGCAGUGAGUGCACGGAUGCCAGCGGCUCGGGAUCGGAGCAGCUCGGGGCCGCUCGGUGUCUCUCUGGUCGGGCUUGGACAUCAUUUUACACCCCCGGAUCGACUGGAGAAUGUUUUUUUUAUUAACCGCUGCAAGAAUGUGACUCUUUUAUGUAUCCGUGUUUUUUUUUUAUUUUUUUUUUUAUGGUCCCGACUCUACUGAUCGAGUAGACGAUUUGAUCACAUUUUUUUAAUUAUUAUUCUUUCGUUCACCAUCUGUGCCCUCAGUGCGGAAAACACCUGGUCUGCUCUCAGGGUAACCGUGCGGGGUUUGGAGGAUAGUCCAGGUUUUUACCGGGAGUGGGCAAUAAUAUGUCCAGGCGAAAACAGACCAACCCCUUCAAAGUUAACUGUAGGUAUUCCAGGGCCUUUCCACACUUCAGGCAUUACAGGACUUCAGCACACUAUUAACAUGGAUGGCAGGGACGAAUUCACCGAAGACAGUGAAUGCUGCAGCAACAACUCCCAGGAAGUACAAGAGCAGGAUAGCAUCUCAGAAGACAGUGAUAGUGACCUUAACAACCACGGUGAGGACUCGUCCUCCAACGCCUCCGCCGACGACCACAUGAGCACCAAGAGAACGCAGUGCCGCCUACAAGGAGCGGGAGUCAAAGAGGAGAGCGAGGAAGGGGCAGACCACAGCAUCAACUUUGUUUGUCCUCUCUGCACGCUGGAUUUCAGCAGCCCUGAGAAGCUCAUCUCCCAUGUCUACCAGCACACGACUAUGAUGAGCAAUAGCAAGAGCUAUGUGUGCCCAGUGUGUGGGCGAGCCCUGAGUUCGCCUGGCUCGCUUGGACGGCAUCUUCUCAUCCACUCUGAGGACCGCCUCUCCAACUGCGCUGUCUGUGGCGCACGCUUCACAGACACCACCAACUUUAACAGGGAGAAGCUUAAAGAUGUCCUCGACACAACCAUGAUGGAUGUCCCCGAUGGAAGUGACACCUGUUCCAUGUCCCUCUCUAGCAGCCCCAUGACCAGCCCGGGCCACAGCACUUGCUCCUGCCACGGACCAGGCCCCAGUUCAUGUCAGGGCCCUCACCCCUGUCAAGCACCUGACCCCAACCCCAAUCUACGUCAGGCCCAUCGUACCUGCCAGGGACCAGGCCACAUCCUGAGCCAGUGUCAAGGCCCCAGACCAUGUCAAGGCCCAGGACCAUGCGCAGUCUCUGACCAAGGACCCUCCUUUCCCUCAUUGCACGACAGCCUCCUCUCUGAAGGGCCAUCAUUGGCAUCUAUCCCCGAUGCUCUUAACUCCUCCUCCUCAGGCUUUCCUCCCAUCCCUGACAUCCUGAGCCCUAUGACGGUGUAUCCUGCCGGAGUGCUGCUGGUGUGCAACAGCUGCAUGGCCUAUCAGCAGUUAGUGGAGGCCCAGUCGCCGCUGCGAAAAUGGGCCCUGCGUAGAAAGAACGAACCCUUGGAGGCCCGCAUGCAGCGUCUAGAGCGCGAGCGCACCGCAAAGAAGAACAAGCGGGCGUGUGAGACGGAAGAUGAGAGGGAACUGAGGAGGCUGCGCGACCGCGAGGCCAAGCGCAUGCAGAGGAUGCAGGAAUCGGAGGAGCAGCGGGCACGCAGGCUGCAGAGGGACAGGGAGGCCAUGCGUAUGAAGAGGGCCAACGAGACGCCAGAGAAGAGGCAGGCCAGGCUGAUCCGCGAGAGGGAGGCGAAGAGGAUCAAGCGACGGCUGGAGAAGAUCGACCCUGCUCUGAGGACACAGAUAGAGCACGAUCCUGCUGCCAUGGCUGCCCUCACAGCAGACAUGAGCCUCUUUCAGUUCCCCUGCCCUAUGCCUGUUCCUUCCAUUGAUAAUGGUCUGUUCAUGAAGCUGCCCUAAAGGGGCCAGGCC